AUGAAUUGUCGCACCCACAAAACACCUGACUUUACCGACACCCGACCUCAGGGACAUACAACUUCACAGACAUGUGACUUAACCGACACCCGACCUCAGGAACAUACAACUUCACAGACACCUGACUUUACCGACACCCGACCUCAGGGACAUACAACUUCACAGACACCUGACUUUACCGACACCCGACCUCAGGGACAUACAACUUCACAGACACCUGACUUUACCGACACCCGACCUCAGGGACAUACAACUUCACAGACACCUGACUUUACCGACACCCGACCUCAGGGACAUACAACUUCACAGACACCUGACUUUACCGACACCCGACCUCAGGGACAUACAACUUCACAGACACCUGACUUUACCGACACCCGACCUCAGGGACAUACAACUUCACAGACACCUGACUUUACCGACACCCGACCUCAGGGACAUACAACUUCACAGACACCUGACUUUACCGACACCCGACCUCAGGGACAUACAACUUCACAGACACCUGACUUUACCGACACCCGACCUCAGGGACAUACAACUUCACAGACACCUGACUUUACCGACACCCGACCUCAGGGACAUACAACUUCACAGACACCUGACUUUACCGACACCCGACCUCAGAGACAUACAACUUCACAGACACCUGACUUUACAGACACCCGACCUCAGGAACAUACAACUUCACAGACACCUGACUUUACCGACAACCGACCUCAGGGACAUACAACUUCACAGACACCUGACUUUACCGACACCUGACUUCAAGGACAUACAACUUCACAGACAUGUGACUUAACCGACACCCGACCUCAAGAACAUACAACUUCACAGACACCUGACUUUACAAA